AUGCUCCCAACACAUGACCGGCCGCAAGGAGUGGUUCAAGGUGAUCCGCAACUCACGGACAAGGGAGCUAAUCUGCAAACCGAAGAAGGUGUCACCCGCAUCAUCGCAUCGGGAGGACAAGUGGCUGCAACGGCACGCUACCGCCAUCGUCUUCUCUGUCUUGACUUGAAACCAUGGCCCGCAAGCAACGGCACGGCGGUUGUAGUGGCAUGCAACGGCACGGCGGCUGCGGCGGCAUGCAACGGCACGGCGGCUGCGGAGGCAUGCAAUGGCACGGCGGCUGCAACGGCACGGCGGCUGCAACGGCACGGCAGCUACGGCGGCAUGCAACGGCACGGUGGCUACAACGGCAUGCAACGGCACGGCGGCUGCAGCGUCAUGCAACGGUACGCCAGGUGCAACGGCAAGCAGCGGCAUGACUGA